CGCGACAUUGUCAAACGCGUAAAGCUCUAUCCCUCUCGACAUAAUCCCACCUCAUCACCAGUUUGCCUACCUUGCCUACCACUCAGCCGAAAGAAAGAAGCAGAAACGCCAAUCUGCAAUUGCUGGAGGCCUAACUCUCGAUCUAAAAAAAAAAAAAAAAAAAAGAGAGCAACUCGAAUUGCACGGUGCUUGGAUAUCCUCUUCCAUUAUCGUCACAAUCGCCAUACGAAGCCAGGCGCAUCGCAUCUGAGAGAUGGCUGAAUCUGAUUUAUGGUCCGUGGAUGCCAAUUCGGCAUUGGAGCUGAGUCUAGUAGAGCCAACCGAAGAUGGCUUGACGACAGUGACCCGUUUUCACCCACGCUUCACAUACCCUCUCUUUGGUGAAGAGGAACAAAUCUUCGGUUACCAAGAUCUGAAGAUCAACCUCCAAUACCAUGCCCCAGAUAUGCGCCCCAAUGUCAAGAUCACCCACAGCAAGAAGUUCAAAUCCAUUGGCGAGACCCAGCCAACAGAUCUUGAUGCCUUGCUCCAGGGGUAUCUCCCUCCCGUCGCUUUCGCCAAGAAACGUGAGUUCGAAGAUGCUAUUCGCUUGAUGCCGGCCGACUGGACACCUCCGGGCGAGAUUCUCUCGGAGUUUGAUGGCGUAGAUGGUGCCAAGUUUGAAAUCCGACGGUCCAACCUCGCCGACGAUGCGUCAAGGCAAAUUAUAGAUCGCGUACAACUCCUCAUACUGCUGUUCAUCGAGGGUGGCAGCUACAUCGGCACCGAUACCACGGACUCACUCGAUCGCUGGGAUAUAUUCUUCCUUUACAACAUAAAACCCUCGACGACUGACGGCACCUCGCGCUACCAAUUUGCGGGAUACUCUACCGUAUACAAAUUCUUCCCACUGCAGCGGUUUCCGCUUGAGCCGAAGGAGGCACAUGAGAAUCUCGAACUACCCUCUGGAGAGUUUCCCUUUUCAAAUCUGCGUAGUCGUACUCGCAUAUCGCAAUUCCUCAUCCUCCCACCGUUCCAAAAAUCAGGGAAUGGAUCUCGCCUCUAUCGCACGAUAUACGACUACUGCCUACGUGACCCCAAUGUAAUCGAGGUCACCGUAGAGGAUCCCAAUGAGGCUUUUGACGACAUGAGAGACGUCGCAGAUUUGGACUUUCUCCGCCAAAAAUCCGAAUUCACCGACCUCCGUAUCAAUACAGACAUUCAUAUACCAAAACAAGGCGCCGCUCCACGUGGUGUCGUCGACGAGGUUAAGUCUGAGGAGGCGCGUUGUCUGUACAGGAUCGCGCCGAGACAGUUUUCGAGGGUAUUGGAGAUGCACCUCAUGUCGAGACUUGCAGAGACGGUGAGGCCGACUCUGGUAGAUGACAAGGUCGUUGCCAAACCCACCAAGAUCGAGACCCACGAGUAUGACUUGUGGAAGCUGUUCGUGAAACAGAGACUUUACCGGCAUAACAAGGAAGUCCUGAGCCAACUUGACCGCCAUGAUCGCAUUGAGAGGCUAAAUGAGACUUUGGGCAGUGUGGAACUCGAGUACGCUCGUAUUUUGGCCCUUGCUGAGAGGCGGACCCAGGCCACCAGCUCAAACCUCAAGCGCAAGCUGGACGACGACGAAAACACGGAGGGAAGCUCGAGCAAGAAGGCGCGGGUUGAGGACGCAUAGUUGGUUACUCAAUUCAGAACCACUGGUUUGCAGGCCGCUAAUCUUCGAUUGCCAGAGGAGAACUUUGAAUCUGAUCCCGGUAACACAGCUGUUUUGACCUGGACUGCGAGGGGCAGUAGGUUACGAUACCCAUGACAGGCUGUUUCUCUGGUUUCUCAAUACACAAGGAUGGAUGUAAUAUACUGUAUUCGGAGUCUGGAUUGGACGACAAGAUCGUAUGGGCGAAAUCGCAGGUCACACUGCCAUUCAUGCUACCUAGGAAAUCUCAUUGCUACAAUAUCCGCAUGCAUGUUGCUCACCA